AUGCCUAAACGUAUCCCUUUCCACGUAGUUUAUGCAACAAGUGAGGACAGUUCCUAUCCAGCAUGCGAGCUAAACGCCCAGGGUCCAGAGGCUCGAGGAUGGAGAAGUUCAGGGUCUCCCCCACACGAGCUCCUACUCCGCCUGACCGCAGUCACCAACAUACACAAACUUCAACUGCUUGCACAUCAUCAGCAUAUACCGGAGUGCGUAGAAGUGCUGGUAUCCGGCGGUCUCAUCUCCGAAGGGGCGGCGACGCCCUGCGGCGCUACAUACACGAGCGUUGGCCGCGUCGCUCUCAUUAAGCCUGUGCCUCACGCUCGUACUAGAGAACUUAGGUCCGCAGCUCUCCCAGAACCGACAGUAGCGAGAUUCGUAAAACUCCGGCUGUCAGGACCACAUUCUCCGGCACCAGAAAAUGAUCAGGUAGCGUUGAUGGCAGUAAACGUUCUAGGUGACGAAGUGGAAGAUGCCAAUAAAACCACAAGUACGAAAAAAGCAGAGAUAUGUUUUUCACCGUACGACGAUCUGGCUUUUGUUAUGUAUGUGGAUAACGAAAUUGCUGAUCUGGUGCGGACUUUAGAUCAAAAGAAAAAAGCGGCAGUUGCUGAAGAACGUUUCGAAUACGCACGUCGUCUCAAGUCCGCGGGGUCAGCUCUCGCGUCUGCUGGUAUACGGAUAGGGAGGUGGCGCCUGCGCAAGAGACAGGCUGCCGCGAGAGACGACUUCGAGUUAGCGAGGCGUAUGAGGGACAGGAUCACUGAUGCCAUCAUCGGUGUGAAGGAGGACCCGGAACUGAUUAGAUUGCUUGAAGAUGAAGGGCCCGACCGUCGUAACGACUCAUCAAUGCCACAAGCCUACGACUUCUCGCACCACCUCUCUCCCUCUGUGACGGCGGGUUGCGACGCGCCCUCGCCUGCGCCGCCCGUGGAGGCCGACCUCGCUGAUAGAAUGGAGACCGAAUUCAAUGGGGUUGAUGAUGUUGAUCAUAUACCUAGUUCACCCGUCCAAAAUUUUGAAGAUGAUACAGAAGUACAACCAGAACCCGCCCAGCCAACUGAACCCAUCCAAGAAGAUAAGCCUGAAACACAGAAGAAAGAAGAAGAAGAAUUAAGAAAAGAAACAGAUAGCCCCCGUAGAAGUGUUACACCAAAUGCUGCCAAUGGUACAUUAGUAAGACGAAGGAAUAAAAGUGCAGGACCAAGAUCCACAUUCGAAGCUUAUGAAGAGAGACUACUGCCAGCGUUGAGACAUUCACAUACAAACGAAUAUUUGCGGGAAGCGCGCGAAGAAGAAUGCAGCGGCGGCAGUGCGUCGUCACAUGUGCGCGCGCCACACAAACUCAACGAGCGCGAGCGCAAGCAGGCCGCGCUACCUAUACUUAUUUUUGGGUAUCCUUUGGUGGAAAAAUUCUUCUCUAAAAACUAUCUGGACAAAGAAGAAGGCUUGGCACGUUUGCGAGCAGAACUAACGUCACCCUCCAAUGGUAGUACUAAGACGUCGCCCAACAAGACCGCUCGAGCUGCUGCCGCGUUGUUACAACGGACUUUGAGGGACAAAGUGUUCUCCGUGUAUAGUCAAGCUAAUGAAGUCGUUAGGGUGCUCUUUAAGGAAUUUGUGCCGGAUCGCGUAUGUGCAGCUGAAGUCGGUCGCUGCAUAGAGAAGCUGCUACCAGAGUUACUGCGCGCGUGUGGAGACCCUGCGCCGCGUGUUCACUCCACCGCACAGCAUACCGUUCUUACUGUCGCUGAUUGCCCACUAGUUAGAUCUCUUCACAUUAUACCACAGCAGCUCGUCCGUCCGGUGGCCGCGUCCAUGCACCCUCGCCUUGCACUCUCGCGCCUGCAAAUGCUUGAGCAGCUGAUUCUGAGCCAUGGGAUAUCUACUGAUAAGAACAGUGGUCUCACAGUCCGUCGGCUAGCAGAGUGCGGGGCGGCGGGCGCGCAACACGCAGCGGGCUCAGUGCGGGCGGCCGCGGAGAGGAUAUUGCUGGCCGCUUACGCUCGAUCCCCUAGAGUUGUGAGAGCACAGCUUCCACCAGAUGACGCGGUCACCAGACGCAAUCUAAUAUACAGACACCUGUUCCAACAGUUUGACAGAAUUGAUAUGCAGAAAAUGUUAAAUCAAGCACCAACAGAAGAACAAAUUCUCAACGGCGUAGAUCAAUCCACAGAUACCCUAGAAACCAGCGUCAGUCAAUCCACUCGUAGUGGUACCACUGUGAGUGGUAUCACCACGUCCUUGGGGAUGGCGUCAUCAUUAGAUGCAACUUCAUCAUAUAGCCUAAAAUCAAGUGCUAGUGGAGCAACAUUAGCGCCAUCUAGUUUAAGUGGAAGCUUCACAACUUCAAGAACAAAAAGCAGUUUAAAGAAAUCUCCCACCAAAAAAUACACGCCGACUGGUAAAGGAAAAGACUCAACGAAUUAUUUAGGUUACAACAAAUUGAGGUUAGAUAGCGCGGUCAGUCCGAAACACUCUCCUAAAGCUUCUGUUUCUGGAAACGAGAAGGUCCAUUUCCAAGAACAUCAAUCAAAAGAAGACGAAAUAAUCUAUAGAAGAACAAAUCGCAACGCAGAGAACCGACACUCGAUGAUCCACUACGACCAUGAUGCCUCCAAGCCCCAACUAAAAGAAAGACCAGCGACAGUCUACGAACCUUUACACGUAGAAUAUAGAGAUUCACCUACAAUCGGAUCGCCAAAAACCUCAAAAAAUGAUAUGAGAAGUAUUGAUUCAUUACCGAUGGAUUCAUUUCCAAUGGAUUCACCGCUAAUGUCAAGGAAUGAUUUAAGAUGUGAUUCAGACAGUCGAAGUCUUGAUUCACCAAAGUUAAAGGCUGAUUAUUUUAGAGAUGUUGGUUUAGAAUCGCCUAAAUUGGUAGCUGGUGUUAGGAAUUUGCAUUUGGAUGAACAUAGCCAGAUGGAUGAAAGCGGUUAUUAUAGUCCAGGAAGACGACAGCAAUUAUCUAACAGCGAGCACAAUUUCGACGGCUAUGAAGCGGUUGGUGUGGAUGCAAGCAGUGAAACUACUCCUGAGCCGGUUUGCAACACGAUGUGCACGUGGUGCGGACGACGGGUGCGUGCGGCGGCUCUAGAGGCGCACUAUUGGCGACGCUGCGUGCUGCUUGCACGCUGCCCUCACUGCCACCUUGCGCUUGAAGCACGCGCGCUACAUUCACAUCUUCUAGAAGAGUGCUCGCUUAGUGAGGGUCUCUGGAAGCCAUGUCAGAAGUGCGGCGCCGCGCUGCGCUCUGACGAAAGUGAAUACCACGUCAAUUGUAUACCUCUUAGUUUCGACGAAUGGAAGUGUCCGUACUGCUUGACCAACGUGUUGGCGCGCGACCUUCCUUGGCAACGUCAUUUGAUGCAAUGUCCACGGAACCCAAGGCUCAGGCAACAAAAU